AUGGGCAAGUCCAAGGUAGCUCCCUCUAAAUCAGUGACAGUCCCACGCCUAGAGUUGUCAGCAGCAGUGAUGUCUAUAAAGGUGGAGACCUUUCUUGCCAAGGAGUUAGUGUAUGAGGACAUCACCCAUGUGUAUUGGACUGACAGCAAGGUUGUUCUAGGGGAUGUCAAUAAUGAUGCUAAGAGAUUUCAUGUCUUUGUAGCUAAUAGAAUACAACACAUUGGAGAAGUCAGUCAGCCAUCACAAUGGAGGCAUGUUAAGUCCAGUGACAACCCAGCUGAUAUAGCCUCCAGGGGAACAGGUGUGACAGAGCUACUACAGAAUGAACAGUGGUGGAAUGGGCCAGACUUCCUGCUCAUUGAUAAACCACUAUCUACCACUAAUACCCAAUUCAGACUAGCACCAGAUGACCCAGAAGUACGCAAAUCUGAAGUCAAUGUAUUUGCUACUAAAGUAGAAACCAACCACGAUCACUUGUCGGAUGUAUUGAAAAGGUUUUCUUCCUGGAACAGAUCAACAUGA